AUGGAGAAGUCCAGUCACAACACCAACAACCACUACCACCACUACUACAGCCACCCCAACUCCAACACCAACAAAAACUACAACGACAGGCAGCACAACUACAACGAUCAUCACAACAACUACCCCAACUACAACACCGUCAUCAACUACAACUACAGGCAGCACAACUACAUCCCCAACAACUCCUACAGAGAGCCCAACUACAUCACCAUCUUCUACAGUUACCACCCCAACUCCAACACCAACAAUAACUACAACGACAGGCAGCACAACUACAAGUAUCACUACAACAACUACCCCAACUACAACACCGUCAUCAACUACAACUACAGGCAGCACAACUACAUCCCCAACAACUCCUACAGAGAGCCCAACUACAUCACCAUCUUCUACAAGAGCCCAACUACAUCACCAUCUUCUACACCCAAGUACAACACCACCGUCAACUACGGGCAGCACAACUACAACAAUCACAACAACUACCCCAACUACAACACCGUCAUCAACUACAACUACAGGCAGCACAACUACAUCCCCAACAACCCCUACAGAGAGCCCAACUACAUCACCAUCUUCUACAGUCAGCAGCACAACUACAAGUAUCACUACAACAACUACCCCAACUACAACACCGUCAUCAACUACAACUACAGGCAGCACAACUACAUCCCCAACAACCCCUACAGAGAGCCCAACUACAUCACCAUCUUCUACAGUUACCACCCCAACUCCAACACCAACAAUAACUACAACUACGGGCAGCACAACUACAAGUAUCACUACAACAACUACCCCAACUACAACACCGUCAUCAACUACAACUACAGGCAGCACAACUACAUCCCCAACAACUCCUACAGAGAGCCCAACUACAUCACCAUCUUCUACAAGAGCCCAACUACAUCACCAUCUUCUACACCCAAGUACAACACCACCGUCAACUACGGGCAGCACAACUACAACGAUCACAACAACUACCCCAACUACAACACCGUCAUCAACUACAACUACAGGCAGCACAACUACAUCCCCAACAACUCCUACAGAGAGCAGCACAACUACAAGUAUCACUACAACAACUACCCCAACUACAACACCGUCAUCAACCACAACUACAGGCAGCACAACUACAUCCCCAACAACUCCUACAGAGAGCCCAACUACAUCACCAUCUUCUACAGUUACCACCCCAACUCCAACACCAACAAUAACUACAACUACGGGCAGCACAACUACAAGUAUCACUACAACAACUACCCCAACUACAACACCGUCAUCAACUACAACUACAGGCAGCACAACUACAUCCCCAACAACUCCUACAGAGAGCCCAACUACAUCACCAUCUUCUACAAGAGCCCAACUACAUCACCAUCCUCUACAGUUAGCACAACACCAACAACCACUACCACCACUACUACAGCCACCCCAACUCCAACACCAACAAUAACUACAACGACAGGCAGCACAACUACAAGUAUCACUACAACAACUACCCCAACUACAACACCGUCAUCAACUACAACUACAGGCAGCACAACUUCAUCCCCAACAACCCCUACAGCUAGCCCAACUACAUCACCAUCUUCUACAGUUAGCCCAACACCAACAACCACGACCACCACUACUACAGCCACCCCAACACCAACACCAACAAUAACUACAACUACGGGCAGCACAACUACAACGAUCACUACAACUCCAACAGCUAGCCCAAGUACAACACCACCGUCAACUACGGGCAGCACAACUACAACGAUCACAACAACUACCCCAACUACAACACCGUCAUCAACUACAACUACAGGCAGCACAACUACAUCCCCAACAACUCCUACAGAGAGCCCAACUACAUCACCAUCCUCUACAGUUAGCCCAACACCAACAACCACGACCACCACUACUACAGCCACCCCAACUCCAACACCAACAAUAACUACAACGACAGGCAGCACAACUACAAGUAUCACUACAACAACUACCCCAACUACAACACCCCCAACACCAACAACCACGACCACCACUACUACAACUACCCCAACUCCAACACCAACAAUAACUACAACUACGGGCAGCACAACUACAAGUAUCACUACAACAACUAUCCCAACUACAACACCGUCAUCAACUACAACUACAGGCAGCACAACUACAAGUAUCACUACAACUCCAACAGCUAGCCCAAGUACAACACCACCGUCAACUACAACUACAGGUAGCACAACUACAACGAUCACAACAACUACCCCAACUACAACACCGUCAUCAACUACAACUACAGGCAGCACAACUACAUCCCCAACAACCCCUACAGCUAGCCCAACUACAUCACCAUCCUCUACAGUUAGCCCAACACCAACAACCACGACCACCACUACUACAACUACCCCAACUCCAACACCAACAAUAACUACAACUACGGGCAGCACAACUACAAGUAUCACUACAACAUCCACCCCAACUACAACACCAUCAUCAACUACAGGCAGCACAACUACAGCAUCAACCACGACUCCCACAACUACCCCAACUGCACCACCAACAAUAACUACAACUACAGGCAGCACAACUACAACGAUCACAACAACUACCCCAACUACAACACCGUCAUCAACUACAACUACAGGCAGCACAACUACAACUCUUUCAUCUUCUCCAAGUACCGCAACAGAAGCAACUACUACCAAAUUUAUAGUGAGAACAAAAUCAACUGCAAGCACAACAAUAUAUACAAACCCUCAAGUACUCAACACAACUACCCCAACUACAACACCGUCAUCAACUACAACGACAGGCAGCACAACUACAACGAUCACAACAACUACCCCAACUACAACACCGUCAUCAACUACAACUACAGGCAGCACAACUACAUCCCCAACAACUCCUACAGAGAGCCCAACUACAUCACCAUCUUCUACAGUUAGCCCAACACCAACAACCACGACCACCACUACUACAACUACCCCAACACCAACACCAACAAUAACUACAACUACGGGCAGCACAACUACAACGAUCACUACAACUCCAACAGCUAGCCCAAGUACAACACCACCGUCAACUACAGGCAGCACAACUACAACCAUAACAACACCUACAGCUAGUCCCAGCACAACUCCAACCACACCAAGAUCUACUACCACUAGCCAAACGACAACAUCACCAACGACUACAAGAAGUACUACUAUUACCAUAGUGGAAUCUACAACAAAAUGUUCCUGUAUAUACAAUUCUACAACUUAUUCGCCAGGCUCUUACAUAUAUAACAAAACCGACGAGGGGGGCUGGUGUUACACUGCAUACUGUAAUGCAUCGUGUCAAGUUGAGCUGGAGACGAGGCCUUGUCAUUUCACCACCCUUCCUCCCACUUCAACUCCAACUCGUGGCAAACCUUGUACAGAAGUGGAACCAGAAAGAGAGCACGGAGAAACGUGGACAGUAAACUGCACAGUAUACACCUGUUUCAAUGGGAAUGUUUCCAGCCAAAGAAAGCCAUGCUCCCCACCAGCUCCACAUCAGUGUGAAAAUGGCUAUUCACCUGUCAAAGUCUAUGACAAUGACCACUGUUGCUACCACUAUGAAUGUCAAUGUAAAUGCAAAGGAUGGGGAGAUGAUCGCUUCACCUUUGAUGGGAAAGAUUAUUCUUUCCAAGGAAACUGCACAUACGUUUUAGUUCAAGAGAUCAUACCCAUAUACAAUCUCACUAUCCAUAUCAGGAAAGAUGACUGUGAGGGCUCUGUCUGCCGACAAUCUCUUACCAUCAAAUAUAAAUCUGUGGAGGUCGUGCUUGAGCAAAGAGAUGCCACCCUUAAUCUGGCGUUUGUGAAUGGCAGAAGGGUUUUCCCCACUUUAGAACAUGAGCACUUCAAGAUUACGAGCACUGGACUUGAACUGGAACUGGUCAUCCCCGAGAUUAAGACAACAGUGACGAUGAGUGGCUCCAGUUUCUCCGUCGUUCUGCCACAGUCCCUCUUCCACAACAACACAGAGGGACAGUGUGGCAGCUGCGAUAACAAUGGCAAGAAUGACUGUAAACUUCCCAAUGGUCAGAUAAAGCCAUCUUGUGAGGACACGGCGAGGAAAUGGAUAGUGAACGGGACGGACGGUGUGGACUGUGUCCAGCCGACACCAUCUCCACCAACCACCCCUCCAGGCCCAUGUGAAUCAGACAUCUGUGAUAUUAUCAUGAGCAAGAAUUUCACUGAGUGUCGGAAACACGUGGCCUACAAGCAUUACUAUGAAGCGUGCAAGGCCCGUGCGUGUGGUGAGGGCGGGAACAAGUCAGCCUGUCUGAGUGUGGAGACCUUUGCCAGGGACUGUGCAGAGGAGUCAUAUUGUGUUGAAUGGAGGAGCGCUAGCAAUGGACAAUGUGAGGCCAAAUGUCCAACAGACAAAGUGUAUGAAGCUUGUGGAACAGAGUCGAAGACAUGCAGUAAAAGUUGUGAAGAAGAGCCAGAGUGCAGUGAUGGGGAUGAAUCCUGUUCCUCCACCAAGCGUGAAGUGUGUCGCUGCCCUAAAGGAGAGAUGCUCUACAGUGCUUAUUCGGACAAGUGUGUGCCAAGUUGUGAUGUUUGUUCAGGCCCUGAUGGCAUGCCCAAAAAGCUUGGUGAGAGUUGGCGUCAUGACUGUAAACACUGUGAGUGCAGCCCUGUCUCCGGCAACGUGGAGUGUUGGCCCGUGGACUGCAAGACUGAAGCUAUCACUUGCCCACUGGGACAGAAGAUAGUUAGCAAGACUGUGGACUGCUGCUCAAAGAAUGUGUGUGAACCCAAAGACGUUUGUGUUUUCAACAACACGGAGCGUCAGCCUGGGGAACAGUGGUCACCUCCCGGUGACAAAUGCGUAAAGUACACGUGUGUGAAACAGAACAAUCAGUUUGUGGUACAGGAGGUCAUCAAGAGCUGUCCAAGGAUCAACCUGGAUGACUGCAUUAAUGGAACUGUGCGCACUGAUGAAUCUGGAUGCUGCAAAGUCUGUACACCGAAGAGCUGCAAGGUGUCUGUGAAGAAGGCCUACCUGGAGACAAAUGACUGCAACUCCACGGCUCCUGUUGAGGUGACCUCCUGCGUUGGGGCCUGCCAAACAUCCUCCAUGUACUCACUGCAGAUGAACACAGUGAUGCACAACUGUGCUUGCUGUCGGGAGCAGCGCACCAGUCAGCGUCAGACCGAGAUGAACUGCCUCAAUGGAACUACAAUCAGUCACUCCUAUGUCUACAUAGAAGAGUGUGGCUGUGAGAAACAGGAGUGUGAAGAAAGCAGCGGUUAAAUGGUUAAAACUAUGUUUUGCAAGAUGGAUGGAAAAGCCCACGUUGGACCAGUCUAUGCUUAAAUCAAAACUAAUAAUUAAUAAAUUAAAUAAUAAGGUUCAGGUGUGUAAGGGAACAAAUGAUUCUUUGUAGGCAAUUAACAUUUCUAGUAUCUCAAUAAAUGUCCUUUAAUCAUUAAACAUGUAUUGCUUAGUGAUCUGAUACAUUAAAAUAUCUAUAUGAAAUAAGAAUUUUAAAGUUAAAAGUGUGUCUGUGUCUGUGUUUUUUAUUGCAGUACAUAGCCAACACAUCAUUAUUUGAGAAUGCUGAUUUUAAAGAUAUUGUAACAUGUAAUUAAAGUACAUGUUUUGGUACAUUCAAAAGUGAGGAAAAAUGUUUGACACUAGUCAUGAUGAACCUUGAAUGCCAAUGAGAUUCCACUGACAUGUUACUAAAGCCUUUUAGAGUUAGGGUAUCCCAUUGAUUAGUCCUGCCUUUGUCUACCUGAGGUUUAUUUUUUUAAUGCAUGUUUCUCUGCAUUGCAUGCGCACAGAAACAUUGUUUUUUUUAUUAUCAAAGAACCUUGAUUCAUCUUCCUUUUGUCAUUCUGCAUGUUUUAUCUUCUUGCAUGUACAUGUAAUUAAAGUACAUGUUUUGGUAUAUUCAAAAGUCAGGAAAAAUAAGCAUGCAAAUGAGCAUGUUACUAAAGCCUUUAAGAGUUGUAUUUUUUUCAAUGCAUGUUUCUCUGCAUUGCAUGCGCACAGAAACAUUGUUUUUUUUAAAAUGAAAGAACCUUCUUGAUUUAUCUUCCUUUUGUCAUUCUGCAUGUUUCUCUGUAUCUUAUGCAUGUUUUCAACAUUAAAAUGUAUGAACAGCAUGUGCAUGUCAUUACUGCAAGAAGGUGUGUGUGUGUGUGUGUGU